AUGCACCCCGCACGAAGUAUAUUGACAGCCGCAGGGGUAAUACAUGCACUUCACCUCAUUCUGGUCCACUUCCGUCUCAAGUCGAAACGUUCAGAUACAUUUCCAAACGAAGAUCGGAGCGAAUACGUCAAAGUUCAGGGAAGCCGGACUGCCUCGAAUGCACGUCAUGCUCGAGGCCUCCCGGGGCUACAUACACCGGGCCUGGAGGGUUUCGCUCUCGAUAAUCCCAUCGGUCCCACGAUAGGAGGCAGAGGCGCCAAUCCCAUCACUGUCACAAAUGCCGAUGAACUGCUUUCCGCUGUCCAGGGCGACGCUCCCAAGAUCAUCUACCUCGAUGGGGAGCUCCAACCCUCUGGACGAUUGAGAGUAGGAUCGCACACAACACUUCUCGGCAAGGGAAAAGGUGCGAACAUCAUUGGCGAGGGCAUCAGCAUCGUCAAUGCGACCAAUGUGAUCGCCAGGAACAUCGGAAUUAGGUUCGUCGAAGGAGAUGAUGCGAUGGCCAUUCACAACUCGACGAGGGUGUGGGUUGACCAUUGCGAGUUUGAGAGUCAGUUUAGCGUCGAGAUUGGACCGGAUUUCUACGACGGUCAACUCGACAUCGUCCGCGCAAGCGACUGGAUCACCGUCUCAAACAACUACUUCCACGACCACUGGAAAGUCUCCCUCAUCGGCAACUCGGACAUCCUUCGCGAUGUAGAUUUUGGUCAUCUGCACAUCACCUACCACCACAACUAUUGGAGGAAUCUCGGCACGAGAGGACCAGCUGGACGGUUUGGUCAUCAGCAUAUCUACAACAACCUCUACGAAGACUACCUCUACCAGGCCAUCCACUCCCGCUCUGAUAACCAAGUCCUCGUCGAAGGCAACAAGUUCAUCGGCAACACGCCUAUCGCUGUCGAUACGUACGGGCUUGUGAUUCCUGAGGACAGCCCGAAUACGUGUGUCUGUGGUGACGAGGAGCUUGAUGGGUUUGCUAAUCUGGGAGCGAAGAACGAUUUUGGCGAUUCGCUCGUGAAUAUCACGCAGGUUGGGAGCUUCAAGAAGGCGCCGUACAAGUAUACGUUGACGCCUGUCAAGAAUGUGGAGAAGGUGGUGAGAGCGAAUGCUGGGUUGGGGAACAUCAAGGUCUAG